GUUAUUCAAAACACUGAUGUUGCAUAAACAUUAUUUAUUCUUCCACACAAAAGAGAGAAAAAAAAAACUUUAUUUAUUCUUCAUGAGGACAAUUCAAUUAUGGGAUUUUAUAUCAUAUCGCGUUAGUUUGUGGCUCGCCAAUGUUUUGUUUUGGUGACAACAUGGCCGGUGUAAGUAAUGUGACUGCAAUCCACCCAAUCACACGCGCGUAUAGCAGAAUCUCGGAAUCCCGUGCAAUUUGGUUUUGGUUUGCACGUAAACACAAAUGCUUAGAUAUCAUUAUCAGGGCAUUGCCUAGGCAUAUGGUAGACCGGCUACACAAUCUACAAGCUGAAAAAAUGAGUGAAGUAAGUGAAAGUGCUUCUGAGGCUGAGGGGCGUUUCCAAGAUUUACCUGACUUUUCAUCAGAGCUUCAAAACCCAGAUCUAAAGAUUGGUUCAGGUACAUCAAUGGAAUUAUCUGCAUAUACUACUACUACUACUGAAAAAAUAUCAGGGACUCUGUCAUAUACAACAGAACCAGAAAAUUCAAGUCAUGGGAUUGACUAUGGUGAAUGGUCUAAAGAGUUCAAACAACUAAACCACCUGUUAACUGUUGGAAAAUGUCUACCUGCUCAAAGCAUUACUACUAUCCCCUCACAUUUAGGUCAACCUUGUACUACUACUCAAUCCAAUGACCCCUCAAAUGAAGGUCAAAGUACUGUGUGCACUUUCAACCAAUUAGAGAGCUUUAAUUCUUAUUCAACAACUUCAUCCAAUAAGCUUCCAGAUUCUCUUGAUGUUAGGUCACUGCAAAAUAAAUUGGACAAAAAUGAUACAGUUGCUGCCAAGUGCAGAAAUAGUAUGGAACCAUUACCUGACAGGGCACUCAAUCCAGCAAGUUGCAGUUUUUGGAAGGUGCCAUCAAGUACCUACAGCAAUCUGUCAGUGUCCUCAUGUCGAACGGUCUUAGCAGAUCGUUUCAACCAAUCAACAAAGUUUAUUGAAACAUGUGAUGUCUCGGACAACUAUCCAAUGAUAUAUAGCCCUCAAGCAAAUGAAUCACUAAGGAAUGACCAGACAUCUAGCUAUGCUGGGUCCAAUUUGCAUAUCCAGGAGAAUGUAGGUUAUGGCCUAAGUGGAGACAACAAUCUGGAAAUUAAUUCAAUUGGUCAAGUAAGUGCUGUUUUUACUUAA